AUUUAUUAUAACUUGCAGCCACGGGGCAAGGUCCAAGCGGGCAGACCUUUCCAUUGUCAAGGCCUCCCAGCCUCUCGCCGGCACCCAGAGAGCAGCGUGUCCAGAUCUUAACCCGGGAGGGCACAGCCAUGGUGCUCUGGGGGCCCGUGCUGGGAGCCCUGCUGGUGGCCGUGGUGGGAUACCUGUGCCUGCGGGGGCUGCUCCGGCAGCGCAGGCCCCAGGAGCCCCCUCUGGAUAAAGGCUCUGUGCCCUGGCUGGGCCACGCCAUGGCUUUCCGGAAGAAUAUGCUGGAAUUCCUGAAGCACAUGCGGGCCAAGCAUGGGGACGUGUUCACCGUGCAGCUCGGCGGCCAGUACUUCACCUUCCUCAUGGACCCCCUCUCCUUCGGCCCCAUCCUCAGGGACGUGAAGAGGAAACUGGACUUUGUGGAGUAUGCCGAAAAACUGGUGCUGAAGGUAUUUGGAUACCAGUCCGGGCCGGGAGACCACCGGAUGAUACACUCAGCCAGCACCAAGCACCUCAUGGGCGACGGCUUGGAGGAUCUCAACAAAACCAUGCGGGACUGCCUGUCCUUGGUCAUACUGGGGCCCACGGGCCAGCGUCCGGACGCCAGGAGGUGGCAAGAGGACGGCCUCUUUCACUUCUGCUACAACGCCUUGUUCCAGGCUGGCUACCUGAGCCUGUUCGGCUACACAAAGGACCCGGAGCAGGACCUACUGCAGGCAGAGGAGUUAUUUGUGCAGUUCCGCAAGUUCGACCGCCUGUUCCCCAGGUUCGUUUACUCCUUGCUGGGGCCCCGGGAGUGGCUGGAAGUGGGCCGGCUCCAGCGUCUCUUCCACCAGACCCUCUCGGUGAAACACAGCCUGCAGAAGGAUGGCAUCAGCAGCUGGAUCACCUACAUGCUCCAGUUUCUGAGGGAGCAGGGGGUAGCCCCGGCCAUGCAGGACAAGUUCAACUUCAUGAUGCUCUGGGCCUCCCAGGGGAACACGGGGCCCACCUCCUUCUGGGCCCUCCUGUUCCUGCUGAAGCACCCAGCAGCCAUGCAGGCCUUGAGAGAGGAGGCUGCCCAGGUCCUGGGGGAGGCCAGGCUGGAGGCCGGGCGGUCGUUCGACCUGGAGGUCGGCGCCCUGCAGCACACGCCGGUGCUGGACAGCGUGAUGGAGGAGACGCUGCGCCUGCGGGCGGCGCCCACCCUCCUCAGGGUGGUGAACGGUGACCACACCCUGCAGAUGGCCAGCGGGGAGGAGUACCAGCUCCGGGGCGGGGACAUCGUGGCCCUCUUCCCUUACCUCUCCGUGCACAUGGACCCCGACAUCCACCCCCAGCCCACCGCCUUCAAGUACGACCGCUUCCUCAACCCCGACGGCAGCCGGAAAGUGGACUUCUACAAGGCCGGCAAAAAGAUCCACCACUACACCAUGCCGUGGGGCUCGGGCGUCUCCAUGUGCCCCGGGAGGUUCCUGGCCCUGAGCGAGAUGAAGCUCUUCGUCCUGCUCAUGAUCACGCACUUCGACCUGGAGCUGGUGGACCCCGACACGCCCGUGCCGCCCGUGGACCCCCAGCGCUGGGGCUUCGGCACCACGCAGCCCAGCCACGACGUGCGCUUCCGGUACCGCCUGCAGUCUCCUGAUGGGUUCAGCAGAAUCCCCCUUGCACCAGAAAUCUGCAGGAAGGGGAACUGCGCGCAGGAAGCUCUGUUCGGGGAAGAAGGCCCACCUCGACCAGUCGCGCCCCCGGCACAGCAGCUGGUCCCCUCGAGCGGCACAGCAGCUCCCAGCUGCGAGUCCCCACUGCCCCCCACUUAAUUCCUUUCUCAGUUCCAUUCCAUGUCUUCUGGAAGUCACAUUCUAAAAACAGUCUUGUUCAAUAGCAAUAUAAGGCAAGCCACAUGGGUCAUUUUUCAUUGAUUCCCUACUUGACACAUCUCUUAAAGUAAAAGAAACAAGUAAAAUUUCAUUUUUAUAAUGUAUUUCACUUACCCCCAUGUAGCCAAAAUAUUAGCGUUUCAACAUGUCAUCCAUAUAAAGAAUAGUUUUGCAUUUCUUUUUUAGAAUUGCCUUCAACAUCUGGUAGGCACUUUUUUUUAAAAAAAUUGAAUUUAUUGGGGUGGCAUUGGUUAAUACAAUUAAUUAUAUAGGUUUCGGGUGUACAAUUCUAGAUUGCAUCGUGUGCAUAUUGUACUGUGUGUUCAAAACUGGCGUGUGCUUUCUGCCCUUGCGGCAGGCACCCCUCGGUUCCGGCCGGGCACAGGCAAAGCGCGCGGCUGCCCUGGGGAACAGCGGGCCUGCAGAAGCCCCGCCUUCCCUGCAGGCGUUAUCCACGCACCUCCCUCCACACCCAGCCUGUGGGCCCUCUGUCCGUCCUGCUGCUGCUCCCAGACACCGGCUUCCAAAAGCACCUCUCACUGGUGCUAUUUUAUCUUCCAGCUCCCCAUUCCCUUCGCACACCCGACAUUUAAGGUUUGCCGCAGUUGGUCCCCACAUUUCCCACGCAGGGCAAUCCAGCUUUUCCCCAGCCUUCCCUGGUGGAAAUGUCUGUAAAGCACGUUACUUGCUUUUCCUGCCAACCCUGGUGCCAGCUGCUCCUGAAGCCUUCUUAGACCCGGCCCGGCCCAUCCCCCGCCUCCCGCUCCUGCGGCUCCCCUAACACCUCCCGUAUCACAGUGCGUCUGUUAAGAGUCCUUGCUCUCUGUCCUGGUUUCCUCCUCCUGCCCCUUCCCCACACUGGGGUCCAUAGGGCCCCGAACCUUAUUCUUUCAUCUCUGAGCCCCCAAUUCCCCAGAUGCAGAUUAAAUGACAGAAACCCGA